AUGGAAAAUUAGAUGUAAUUAAUUUACAGGGAUUAAGUUUAUCCAAGCAGGAUAGAGAUUACGCUGCAGAGUCCCUAUGGGAUUAUGCUUCCCAUUGGUCAUCAACAACAGCGAUUUUAACUGGAAAUGAUGAUGUCAAAUUUGAAGAUUUCGAAGAAAUUGAAUACGGAAUUACCACUAGUGUAAUAUACUGGGACAGGUAUUAUCAAAUAACAAAUAUAUACGUCCCUCUUGACACUGAUGAACUAACUUUUCUUGAGUGGAUUCCAUAUGGAAUAUACAUAAAAGAUAAUACUGUCAAUGUAAUAGUUGGCGAGCUUAAUAUAAACUUAAGCACAUUAUAUAGUGAAAGAUUCUCAGGUUUUACAGAUAUUAUGGAUAUAUUGGGUGAAUCGUUUAUUCAAGAUAUUCUGGAUAUUCAGGGAGUGCCAAGAAAUUAUAAAGAAUUGCUUGAAGACUCUGAAACUCAGAGAAUGAUCGCAGAUAAAAUAGAUAGUGUGAACACGGUUUUAGAAUGGGAUAUUCUUAAAAAGCAUUUUCAAUAUAUAUUUCAGAAUCAAAGACAAAGAAAAUUUUCAAUUUUCAAUUUAAACUCUUUAGAUAACAAGAAGGAUCUUUCUUAUUUAGAUCAAGAACUACGAGAAGAUUUAAUUAAAGCAGGGUGGGCUGAUUCUGAUAAAAGAGCAACUUCAACAAUUCGGAAUCCAUCGACACCCACCUCUGAAGACCCUAAAGAAAUUUUAACUUACCUAAGAAAUUUUUAUCAAGAACUUUUUAAAAAUGAUGUUAUUGACUCAGAUAUUGCAAACGAAAUAACUGAUGGACUGCAAAAUGUAACUGUAGAACAGAACAAUUCUUUAACAAAAGAUUUUACUGAUGAAGAAAUUAUUAAAAUAAUUUCUAAACUCGAUAAUCAAAAAGGCCCAGGAAUUGAUGGUUUGCCAUUUGAAUUUUAUAAACAAUUUCAAGAAAAAUUGGUUCCUAUUUUGAACAUAAUUUUUAACUUUAUUUUAAAAACCGAUUCCUGGCCGUGGGAUCUUAAUUUAAUCAAAAUUGCGAAUCUCGAUGCGAAUGAAUAUUCUACAGCGGCCGCAAUAAAUUAUUUAUGGGCUGAUAACGAUGCCUGGUCUAUAUUAGAGGAUAAUAGAG